GAAUCUACAAAGGACAUUGCUUCCGAAUCAACCAUUUCCCUGAAGACAAUGACUAUGACCAUGACAGCUCAGAAUACCUUCUCCGCAUUGUCCGUGCCUCCAGUGUGUUUCCCAUCCUAAGCACAAUAUUGCUGUUGCUGGGAGGACUCUGUGUCGGAGCAGGAAGGAUUUACAACAGCAAAAACAACAUUAUUCUCAGCGCUGGGAUUCUCUUUGUUGCAGCAGGACUAAGUAAUAUCAUAGGGAUCAUUGUCUACAUAUCAAGCAACACAGGUGACCCAAGUGACAAACGAGAUGAGGACAAAAAGAACCAUUACAACUAUGGUUGGUCUUUUUAUUUUGGAGCCUUGUCUUUCAUCGUGGCUGAAACCAUAGGUGUUCUGGCUGUGAACAUUUAUAUUGAGAAGAACAAAGAGCUGAGGUUUAAGACCAAGAGGGAAUUCCUUAAGACUUCUUCCAGUUCUCCUUAUGCCAGGAUGCCAAGUUACAGGUACAGGAGGCGGAGGUCCAGAUCCAGUUCUCGGUCUACAGAACCUUCUCCAUCUAGAGACAUUUCUCCAGUUGGCAUGAAGAUAGCAAGCACCAUUCCCAUGAAUGAAGAGCCUUUGAAGGUUACAACAGCUGCCAGCUACAACGCAGACCAAGAAGCUAGUUUUCUGCAGGUUCACAACUUCCUUCAGAAGGAAUUUAAGGAAGGACUCCAUGUCAACAUGGUCAACAGGAGAACGACGCCUGUUUGAAGCACCUUCCUUCCCCGUGCUUUUUGAAGAAAUACCGAAAGAGAACGGAUCGGUCAUGGAAGAGAAGGAGCAAUGUUAAAAUACCCUCUCACCUCUUGAAUUGUGGCAUGUGUUGAGGUAGCAAGUGGAGAUCCUCUGGACCAACAUAAUGAUAUUACACACUCGUAGCUUUUUUCGAAGCUAUUUGGAGUUUGUUUCUUUCAGUUCUUGGUGUCACAAAAUGAAGGCGGUUCAUGUUCCUGCACUUCUGUAGUGUGUACAAAGUCUUGGAGAAACUGCAAAGGACUGGCCACCAGUGUGUUUUAAAGGGUUACAGAGAAAUUGUUGUACUACUUCUUUUUUUCUAAUGUUGAGAUCCCUUCAUACAAACUUGCAAAUAUAAUUUAUAACCAAGCCCAAGGAUGAAUACGAACUGCUCCUCAAGUGAGCCACUUCCCUUUGACACAGCAUAAGCUUUGCCUCUUUCCAAA